UGUUUCAGUGUUAAUUACUUUUUACACAAAACCUUUUUUCCUCAUCAGUAAAUGAAAUCUGUCACUUGAAAACUACUUUUCAUUUGAUAUUAAGAUUUGUUUGAGGAUCUGAAAUAGUUCAGUAUGACAGAAAAGCAAAUCCAUUUUUCAACAGCCUGCAUAUUUACUGUAAUAAGGCAAAGAUCGGGGGCAAAAAGGGUGACAGGAAAACAAGCUGGCCUUGAAGUUUUAUCUCUGCAGCGCUCCAGCUCUGCUUUGACAAAGGUUUGUUGAUAGCAAUAGAGACAAAGCAAAAAGAAAUGAGUGUAUACAGAGAGAGGAAAUGUCUCAUUGUAUCACACAGCGCUAGGCACACACAGUACCUUUGGGUUUAUAGCUACGGAAACACGCACAGCGUUCACACCGCCAGAGAGAGAGAGAGAGAACCAGGACCGGAAGGAAACGAGGACCGACACACAAAGACGUAGAGACGGAGGGGAAAACGGCAGAUGAGGGUCAACGGGGCUUUCCAUUGUGUAGGAUCAGAAAAAAGUAGGGAGGGAAAAGAAAUCUGCUGCCAAAGCCAGAUCUUACAUGACAGACAGAGGAGCGAGUGAGAGAGACACAGAGUUUCACCAGAGACGGUGGCUGGAAACCCAAAGCUUGAACUUCUACACACAAGAGGAAGACUGUAAUCAAAUGUGCUACUGAUGGCAAAUAUAACCUGUGAAGUCAAGAAGAACAAGAGUAAAGAUGGACAUUGUUGUGAUCAAUGUCCUGCAGGAAUGUUCGUAGCAGAAGAUUGUAACGCCACAGAAAACACAAAGUGUGAAUCUUGUCCCGAAGGGUCUUACACAGAGCACCCGAACUACCUGAAGAAAUGCAUUGGCUGUAAUUCCUGCGUUGAAAAUAGUCAAAUAAAGACCAACUGCACAGAUCAGAAGAAGACUGUUUGUGAGUGUAAGCCAGGUUUCUUCUCCACCAAAGAAGACGUUGAUCACUGCGAGGCCUGGACUAAAUGCCCUGUGGGUUAUGGAGUCAAAAAUAAACCUACUUCUACAAAUGACACAGUCUGCACUCCGUGUGAGAAAGGAACGUACAGCAACGUCACAGAUUUCUCCUCACCUUGUCAACCGCAUUUCAGGUGUGAGGCCUACGGACUACAGGUGAAAACUCCAGGAACCAAAACAACGAAUGCCAUCUGUCAAGAAUGUAAAUCUCAGUGUUGCUGGAUCCUGCCGGCAUCCCUGUGGGCCGGACUUGUUUUGACUAUUUUGGUCGUGGCGGCGCUCAUCUUCUGGAGAGCAAAGCGCAGAUCCUAUAGACCAGUCAAACACAGUGUUCCUGUUACCAUGGUGACGGUUGUUGCCGAACCGGUCCUCGCUCCACCAGAGCUGCUGUCUCACUGCCAAGAGAGCUGCACAGACUGCAAAUCAUCCCCUUUUAACUCAGAUGACGGUUCGAUCAUUCGCAGCAUAUCGGACAGCUUGGACCUGAGUACUCCCAUGACUCCGCUGAAGCCCUCCGUCUCCUUCAUUGAACCCGAACAAACCAACUGCAGCUCAAUAUACCCCAUCAGCAGCGCCUUCUGCAGGUCGUACUCGGAGCCCCAGGAGGACGAGUGGUGUGGGACAUAAAAAAAAAAUAAAAAUAAAUAAAAUACAAGAGUGGGACACUGACGGAGCCACUGCUGGCUCAGUGAUGUAUUUCAAGUGCUGUUUGUAAACCUUGAGAAGAUUUUACGCUCAGCAAAGUUUAGUAUGGCUGAUAGUUUGCUGCCACCUGCAGGACUAUAGUGGGAACUUCAGUUUGUGCAAAGAAAAAUUCUCCCAAGUGAAAACAGCAGAUUUUGCUUCGUAAGAGGGAUUAAGCUCCACAUAACAGGGGAAAAAACCCUGAUAAUUACAGUUU